AAGGCACAAUACCUGAGGCGACGUUGAGAGGAGCUGCCCCGCCGACAGAACGCAACGAUGGCUUCUCCGAAGUGGAAGAUUGCGGUCGGCUGUGAUGACGCCGGCGUUAGCUAUAAGGACAAGAUCAAGGCCGAUUUCGAAAACGACCCGCGAGUCGAAUCCGUAGUCGACGUUGGUAGCCACGCAAGUUCCGACAAGACUGCCUACCCUCACCGAGCAGCUGCGGCAGCUCAACUUGUCGCUGAUGGCAAGGUCGACAGGGCCCUGCUCAUCUGCGGUACGGGGUUGGGUGUUGCCAUCUCCGCGAACAAGAUCAAGGGCGUCCGAGCCGUGACCGCCCAUGAUAGCUUCUCCGUAGAGCGCGCGGUGCUGAGCAACAAUGCUCAGGUCCUCUGCAUGGGUGAAAGAGUGAUCGGCCUGGAACUCGCCCGCCGACUAGCCAAGGAAUGGCUUGGGUACGUGUUCGACACGGCGAGUGCAAGCGCGGCUAAGGUACAGGUGAUCACCGACCUCGAGAAGAGCCUAUGAGCCAAGCGGACUUGCUUUUGGGCAGCGGGAAGAUGUGAUGUGCGGAUAAGAUAAUAAUGUGGGAGAUGUGGUGGGCCUGGCAGCUACAUUUUCGACAGUCUCUCCCGCCUCUACACCACCUACUGGCAAUUCUCGCUAGCUUGCCUCUCUCGUCUGACAUCGUUAGAUCUUCUUUCGCCCGGACCUUGUACUAGAAACCCUAAACCUAGGAGAUUUCUAGCAGUAGAUAGCACGAGUCAUCAUAGACA